AGUGAAAUAAUAGUUCAUCUUUGUCUCUUUUUUGUCUUUCAGGAUUUGCGUAAACAGAUAGCUCCUUUGCUGAAGGGCUUCCAAGCAGAGAUCGACGCCUUGAGUAAAAGAAGUAAAGAAUCAGAGGCUGCUUUCCUCAGCGUGUACAAGAGAUUAAUCGAUGUCCCAGAUCCUGUCUCGGCUCUGGAGGCAGCUCAGCAACUCCAGGUGACUGUUCGGAAGAUGCAUGACUUGGAGACGGAAAACCAGAGGCUCAAAGAUACACUACAAGAGUACGAACGAGAAAUUGCAGAGGUUAAAAACCAAGAAGUCACUAUUAAAGCACUUAAAGAGAAGCUGGAGCAGUAUGAGCAUUCUCUGCAGGCCAAGAACACAGAGGAAGCUUCUGAUCAGAACCAGGACCCAUCAGGAAGAGAAGAGAGGGAAAGCAAAGGGGAAAACCUUCCUAACAACUAUGCAGACAAGGAGAGUCAGCCACAGCAGAGCCAGGACAGCAGGACAGAAGACUUGGACAUGAAAACGCAGUCCUUACAAACAGCACUUGAAGCAACUCAGGCAGAACUCCAUGAACUGAAGAUAAAAUUCGAUGAAGAAUCCACAGCAAAGGCCAAUGAGAUUGAAGCGGUGAUGACAGAUUUGGAAAGAGCCAAUCAGAGGGCUGAGGAAGCAGAGAGGGAAGCCGUGAGCCUGAGGGAGCAGCUCACUUCAGCUAACCCCAAUCAGAUCCAGAAAGCACCGGAAAUGGAAGUUUCUCUGGAGGCGCUGUCUUGCAGCAGUCUGGAGGCAGAGCUGGGUGCGAAGGAGAGGGAGGUAGAGCGUUUGGCUGAGGACGUUCAGAGACUUCAGGCCAGUCUGGCCCAGCUCAGCGAGACCUCCACCAAUCAGAUCAGCCAGCUCGAGCAGCAGCUGAGCUCCAAAGAGGCCCUGUUAAAGCAACUUGAAGAAAAGCUUCAAGAGCAGUCAGACUACGAGGAGAUCAAGCGAGAACUCUGCAACCUGAAAUCAGUGGAGCACAACUCAUCAGAUCAUCACUCUUCAGUACAGGACUCAUCCAAGCCAUUGGAGAUGUUGCUGACGGGGAAAGUCCAUAGCCAGCUGUCAGAGAGCGCUUUGAAACGACUGGCCAACAGUGACUUCAGUGGAUCAGUGGGGCGGAAAAGUAAAGAAACCACAGUGGAACACCCUCAGCGUCUUCCUGCCACUCCAGUCCCUACCACACUCCAGGGGUCCCCUCCUCCCCCCUCCCCCCAGCUUUUGAUGAGGACGGGCACAGCUACCUCCGAAUCUGCUGCCAGUGCCAACGGUACCCACCCUUUCUCCCCCACGGGCAUCGGGCCAGACUUCUUUACCCCCGGCAUGGCCAGCGUGGGUGCCACGUUCCCUCCGUUGGCUGGCAAAAUGGCACUCAACUCUCUUCUUCAGAGGCAGCUCAUGCAAACCAUCUACACCAAAGCCCUCCACGACACUUCUCCAAGUUCUGUGCUCUUCGGGCCGCCCCAUUACGCUACAACCAACUCUCUCUCCAGCCCCCUACCCCCUCAGUCGGCGGGCAGCCCGGAGGUUAACGGCCUGGCACCCUCUCCCAGCCAGUCGGAGGGUGCAGGCAGUACGUCGGAAGGGGAGGAAAUGGACACGGCUGAGAUCGCUCGACAGGUCAAGGAGCAGCUGAUCAAACACAACAUCGGCCAGCGCGUGUUCGGCCAUUAUGUGUUGGGUCUGUCCCAAGGCUCAGUUAGUGAGAUUCUGGCCCGGCCCAAACCCUGGAGCAAGUUGACUAUCCGUGGCAAAGAGCCCUUUCACAAGAUGAAGCACUUCCUGUCUGAUGAGCAGAACAUCCUGGCACUUAGGAGCAUCCAGGGCAGGCAGAGAGAGAACCCAGGCCAGAACCUGAACAGAGUGUUUCAGGAUGUUCCGAAGCGAAGAACCGGCUCGGAAGGCUCCACGCGGCCAGGUAACAUCACCACACGGAUCCGCACGCCUGAGACCGGCUCCGAUGAAGCCAUCAAGUCCAUCUUGGAGCAGGCAAAGAGAGAGUUGCAAGUGCAGAAAGCAGACGGUGUGGGGGAGAGGCAACGGCGAUCAGGUUACCACAGAGGGUCGGGCAGCUAUUUCCAAAUAUAUGCACACAGUCUAAGACUUGUUGAGAGUUCUCAGCCUCCGUCCUCCUCCAGCAGCUCCGACGAGAACAUUCGUUCCAUCCUUGAGCAGGCUCGGAGGGAGAUGGAGGCCCAGCAGGUGGCUCUGGAGCCUGUACUGAAGGCCAACUCUAUGGCCCCGACCGAUCUCUCGCUCCUGGGCUCCCCGCUCUCCACCCUCCCCUACACCCCUAUUGCUCAGUCUCUGAAGAAGCCCUCCACCUCUCCUCUCUUGGACUUCCACAGUGGGGUGAAGAAGGAGAUGGGUGAGGUGGCCGUCUCAGAUGUGGGGGUGGACGGUGUUCCCAAGCUCGGACGUCUCUCUGAGAGUGGAGGAGGUUUAGGUGGGGGUUCUUGGAGGGAGCACUGGUGGAGCACAGGUCUCUCUGAGCGUCGUGGAACUGGGCAGCCCUCUGUUAGUGAAGAUGCACACAGCCAAGAGGAUAGCAAGGAGAAGCUUCCUCGGCUGGGCAGCACUGCGCCCGUGGCUCCUGCUUCCUCUCUGGAUUACUGGAAAGACUGGCCAAGCUCAGAGUCCCCAUACUCCCAGAGCUCAGAGCUGAGUCUGCAGAUGCCCAGCGGCAGCGAGACCCCUCAGAGCAGUCCACUGCCUUCCUCCUCGCCUUUACUGACCCUCCCCAAAGUCGCCAAACCUGUGGUGCCCCCGCUUACACCUGAGCAGUACGAGUACUACAUGUACCAGGAAGUGGACACUGUCGAUCUCACACAGCAGGUCAAAGACAAACUAGCCAAGAAUGGCAUCUGCCAGCGAAUCUUUGGUGAGAAGGUGCUAGGCCUCUCUCAGGGGAGCGUGAGCGACAUGCUCUCUCGGCCAAAGCACUGGAGCAAGCUCACACAGAAAGGGAGAGAGCCGUUUAUACGCAUGCAGUUAUGGCUGAACGGAGAGCUGGGCCAGGCCCUGCUGCCAAUGCCUGGACAGACACAAGAGAUUACUCCGAAGACCUCAGCCAGCUGCAGUCCUGCCCCAGAAUCCCCUCUGAGUUCGGCUGAGGAGUCGGUUAAAAGCCAGCAGGAGGAGCAGAUGUGCCAAGCGUCCAUCCAGGAGCCCAGCGAAACUUCCGAGUCCCAGCCCGGCACGCCUCUAACGUUACCUCUGCCGGGAAACGCGGGUCUCAGCAUACAAGAGAUGGUAGCAAUGUCACCCGAGUUGGACACCUACGCCAUCACUAAGAAAGUGAAAGAAGUUCUAACAGACAACAACCUUGGCCAGCGUCUGUUUGGCGAGAGCAUCUUGGGUUUGACGCAGGGCUCCGUGUCUGAUCUGCUGGCCCGGCCCAAGCCCUGGCACAAGCUCAGCCUGAAGGGGCGGGAGCCGUUCGUACGCAUGCAGCUGUGGCUGAACGACCCGCGGAACGUGGAGAAGCUUAUGGACAUGAAGCGGAUGGAAAAGAAAGCCUACAUGAAGAGGCGCCACAGCUCCAUCGGUGAGAGUCAUUCUCUGGAGAGUGGUCUAUCAGGAAGUGACCUCACUCAGAGCGCCAGCCCCCAAAACCUCUCCCAGCAGCAGCAGCAGCAGCCGCAGCAGCAGCAGCCCCAUCUAAAGAAACCCCGUGUGGUGCUGGCUCCAGAAGAGAAGGAAGCUCUGAAGAGAGCCUACCAGCAGAAGCCUUACCCCUCCCCUAAAACCAUCGAGGAGUUAGCGAGCCAGCUCAACCUCAAAACCAGCACGGUCAUCAACUGGUUCCACAACUACAGAUCCCGUAUCCGACGAGAGCUCUUUAUAGAAGAGAUCCAGGCGGCGGCCAGCGAAGGUGGGUCCCCCUCGGCGCGGCCCGGGAAGUCUGGGGGCGAAGGAGACAACAGCUGCGACGGCACCGAGUCUGACAGCACCGCGGAGGGCCGACCGAGUGGCUCCGAGGAGCGCAAGGGCCUCCUGGAGAGCCCCAACCGCAGCCAAAGAGACGAAGAGGGCGAGGCUGAGUUACCCAGUGCCUCGGGCACCAGCAGGCCACGAGGAGGCAUCAUAGACAGCCUCUUCGGCAUCCUGUAUACCGCCACUGCCACAGCGACCCCCUGCCGAAACCCAAAGGACAGCAGUCUGCGCAAGAAGAAAGCAGCCAACCUCAACAACAUCAUCCACAGGCUGGAGAAAGCGGCGAACCGCGACGAGCCUCACGAAUGGGAGUUCUGA